UUGCAUAUUGGAAUUCAAAGGAAUUUAAAGCUAAGUCUGAAAAUGCUAAAAAAAUGAGGGCAUCUGAAAAAGGAGGUCACCUUAAUGCAGUUGGAAGUAUAAGCACUUACGAACAUUCUCGACGCAUGGCUAAAAGGUUGGGGAGACAACCACUCAUGAUCGAGUUGGUUAAAGAAACUAGGACAAAAAAAUCGGGUGAUUUAGUUGACGAGCGUACUCGAAAAGCUUUGGAGGAUUAUCAAACAAAGCUUGUGGAUUUUUUGGUCGCUAAUCCCAAAUAUACUCCUAGAGAAGGAGAGCCGCUUCAUCCAGAUGUUGAUUUUUAUAUUUGGAAUGAAGUCAUUGACGGAAAAGGGCCUAAUGGAUGUUUUUUUGGUGCGGGAAAUUUGGCGGGAAGCUUGAGAAGUGGAGAUCGAAAUUUAUUUUAAAGAGUUAGAGAUGGG